AGAUCCCUUCUCCUCGGUCGCUUCCGUCAAGCAGCAAUAAAGGACAACGACCUAUGGUGCUGCACCAACGAACCAAGCAGGCCUUUCAGUCCAAGGAUCUGUCUGUCGCAUACUCGCCCUGCUGGUCCGAUCUCGUAGAGCCAUUCAGACCUCUCAGUCAGGAGCACCCCCUUGUCCAGGCAUGGAUCCACUUUGUUAGCGAGUCCAAGCACGAGCAGGAGACCUAUGGCAGGACCACGGCUCAACAGCAGGCUGCUGCGUUCAAGAAGCUUGAACAAGCGGCAAAAACACAGAAGGAGAGAAACAAGCAAUUGAUGGAUCAGCCCGACUUUCAGAGGGCAUUUGCCCAGUUCCUCGCCUACUACUACAUUGCCUCAGCCAAACUUGCCACGCGGAAACAGAUCUUUGCGCUGAUCCAGACGCUGCAGCCGUACUUUCAACCAGACGAAACAAAUCAGGAUGGUGUGAUCGUAUCCGCACUGCGAUCAGGCAUCAUGAACAACAUCUUUACAACAGGAACACAACCCAGUAUCGAGAUCGACAUGGCAUGGCACCAGCGCGCCCUUUGCCUAUAUACUACUCUCGACUAUGCUAUGGGAAGAACCGCCCUUCAUGCUGACAUGCACACCAUUCUGGAGCAGCUGUCACAACUUCUCCAUUCCCGCGUUCAGGCAACAAAUGUAGAGAUUCCUAGGGAUCACGUUCCAACUGAAUAUACAGAAGCAAUGCUGGACCUGGAGUUCAUCCUUAAGCUGAUUCUUGCCAUAAUAUCUCGUCUAAUCGUCAGCACCACCAGCUCUUCGCCCCUUUCAUCCCUGCCACAAACACUCUCUCCAGCAAGUCAGUUCGAGAUCUCUUCGACUCACAGUCCGCAACAGUAUAUCAUUCAGAUUCUCAAGGACGCCAUUUCAGUCUCAUCGUCUGCAGUAUACCAUCGCGACAUCUCUUCCAUAUCGGGAAUGAUCUUUGCCAAUCUCAUCGAUCUGACUUCUCCGAGUGUCCAGGAGGCAACACGUCGCAUCGUGGGUCUAGUCUUUGGAGAAAAUGGACAGGACUCCAGCUAUUUGCCCGACAUUCCCGGAGUCAUGGUUGAGAUGGACUUCGGAUGGAAUACAUAUCUAGGUGAGAAAUGUGGUCCUGGCGAGGAGGAUGCUGGCAUGUAUAUGUUGGGGAUCGUCCGUGGACUGUUGACCAACAUUCGGCAGGAAGCCCUUGUCAUGCCGAUCGAGGACAUAUCGCGGUGGUACGCGCCAGCAGUAUUCGAUGACUUGCAGACAACUGGCCUUGUGCUGCACCAAGUCCUGUUUCAUGCCAUUGCCUAUCUGUGCGCAACAUCCAAGGACAUGUCCAGUAAGACGUUCGCAUUCGAGACCAUGGGUCACUGGCUUCAACAGACAAAGCUUCAUCUGGGCGAGAAAUCAACAGCAUCGAUACAGAUGAAAGAGAGCCUCGCCAACUGUAUCAAUGAGCAGGCCCAGGAAAAGCUGACGACAUACGUAUUGGAUUACUGGGAGGAUCCCGUGGACACUGUUCAGCACAAAGUCAAGAACAUUCUCGAGCUGCUCUUGGACAUUGUCUACCUGAAAUCGAAUUUGCGGAACGAACACACAACGCCAGCCUUCGUGACACAGCUUCUGGAGCGCAUUCUUAUGGCGGAUGGACAUCGCAAGUCCAAGUACCCUAUCUUGGCUAUUCUGGUUGGAAGAGUUUCCAUUGCGGAGGUAAUCGUACUUCGACAGGACGCACUCGCUCAAUCCAUCUUGGCAUUAGAACAGCUCGCAACAGCACCGGGAGCCGCCGUCGCUAUCAAUGCUAUGAUUGAUAAAGCAUGGAGAGAGUGUCUGGAACUGGAUGCCAAGGGCGCCAACGUUUUAUACACUCCCGCGACAACAAAAAAGGUUGCCAAGAACGCAGCAGCUGAAGACGUCUCGACUACUGACCUCAAUGCUUCUCGCACGGCACGCAAGGCUGCAAUCCAGCCUUGGAUUCAUUUUUGGCUGAAGCCCAUUGCGCAGGCUCUCACCACAGAUAAUGAUUUGAUCCGCAAGCAUCUUGGCCACUUUAUCCUCUCUCCUCUGUUCUCGAUAUGCCCAGAGGCCUUCUGGACGCUUCUCGAUGUGCUCGGUGGCCGGAGCGCUUCCUAUCCAGGCUAUGUCGCAGAGGAAAAAUAUCGAUUCAACGCCAUUGUCCUAGCAAUCAAAAUUGCCCGCUCACUCGACCUUGUAGAUGCUAGCAACUACGCUCAGCUGUCCUCCGCCACAACAGGAGCAAUCGACUCCGACUCUGAUAUGCCCAAGAUCGACAUCUCUAUCCUGCAUUCGGCCAUGUACAAUGUCUCUGGCGACAUUCGCAUAGAUGUACUGGGUAUUCUUUGUGAAUCGAGACGAUCCACUACCGCUGUCGCCUCCGUCGAGUAUGAGCUGCUGAUGCAGUUCCUCCCUCUUAACUUGAAUUCCGUCGUUCCUGAUUUCCGUCAAAAGCUAUACUCCCACCUGGCAAAGUUCUUGACUCGCGUCCGAGGAAACUGCUACGUGCUAACACGAGAGAUCGCUCGGCUUCAUACUCCUGUUGGCCAAAAAAAUCUGACCCAAGCCGAUGUCGCAGCCAUGAUCAGUGAGCGUGAGGCCAAGGUUGCAGAGACAAAGGCGUUCCUGGAGUGGCUUCUCGACCUUAUCUUCUCCUCCAUUUAUCCUGGAGCGUCCUUUCAACGAGUGUCAACAAGCCUGAGGCUGCUCAGCGUCAUGAUUAAGACGUUCGGUAUCGAGAGCACACCUCUUCCACCAGGUUCCAAGCCAGACGAUGUCUCGCGGUUCCCUUUCCAGCUGCCGUUCGCCAACGAGAAGCAUACAAAGGUUCUGCUUGGAUGUCUUUCAAACCCAUUCGACCACUGCCGCGAGCAGGCGCUCGAGGUUCUGAUGACCUUCAAGGCCCCGUUCUCAGGAUACACAUCCAUAGAGUCCGUUGAUGGUUUGAUCCGAUGGGGCCUGGACUGGUUGAAGAGCACUCGAGCAGGCGAAAGCGACUCUGGUGGAUUGGUCUUGAAGACCGUUUUCGUAAAGUAUGCUAUUGAGCUGAAUUGGGAUAUCCAGCUUCCUUACGAGGAUUCCAGCGAUCUACGAAAUGUGCAUUUUGCCAAGGAAACCAAAAACCCUGCUGUUGACUUUGCUAUCCGCCUGCAAAAUUUACUCCGCAUCCAGCUCGAGAAAGCGAGGGUGAACCAGUUGGACUCUGCACAUAACCACCCUUUGCAUGGGACCCUUAUUGGGCUCCGUUAUAUCUUUUCCUCUAUCGAUUAUGCCUCGCCCGUCGUCACGAAUCAUCGUCCACUGUGGCAGGCCGUUCACUCGGACAUGAUGGAUCUUGUUGAGAGCGUCUGCGGCAUAGUUAUGGGCGUCCUCUCCAAUCCUUCACCCGAAGGUAACAUUCCUGCGACGUUCACAGAGAUGGAGGAAUCGAUCGAUGCUGUGAUCAGCUCGUCUGGAGGCGACGAGUUUGAGCAGAGUGGAGGACCGAACCACCAGGUCAUUCUGAGCUAUUGCUGGAGAGCCAUCAAGGAAUCAUCCGCACUUAUGGAGCUUAUCCUUUCCAAGGCCACACUCGGAAGCAGCACGCUCAAGGUUGACGGAAUUCUCGAGCCCAGCGCGUUGGGCCGCGCAGGUGGGCUUUUCCGUAGACUCUUGACUACCAUCCGUCAUCCAGGAGCGUUUUCAUCCGUAUUCCCUGCCUACAUCUCGCUCUGCACACGACUUUUAAACUCGGAGGACUCUGGUCUGGCAGCACUACCCCGCGUGUGGCUGGAAGAGAACCUCGAUGCGAUUUUGAGCGACGCCAUUUCGGUGACCCGCCGAUCCGCUGGCUUACCCCUCUGCAUCCUUGCAAUCGUGAACGCUGAGCUCUCGGACAGUCGCCGAACAUUGUUGCCCAUGGUUAUGCGCCGCGUUAUGGCCAUCGCCGCUAAACCCGUCAGUCCCGACGCCAAUCAACAGGUCGAUCUCCCGCAGAUUCACGCCAUGAAUGUCCUGCGACGGCUCUUUAUGGACGCCAAACUCAGUACAUCGGUCUUGCCCUACGUCGGUCAAGGACUCGAGCUCUCGAUCCGCGCCUUUUCCUCGCCUUCUUGGGCGGUGCGAAACUGUGGAGUUAUGUUGUUCUCGACGUUGCUCCAUCGCGUAUUUGGUGCAAAGAGAGUUCGUGAUGAACAUCUGGCGAUCAACGGUAUCACCAGCCGUGAACUCUUUGCUCGUCUGGAGGGACUCUGUGAAUUCUUGCAGGGCCAGCUCGAAGUGGCUGUAAGUCAGCUCUUAAGUGCUGUCUCGUCGCAGGAUCGGGUCCAUCCGGGGCUGUAUCCAGUUCUGACACUGCUGUCGAGACUGCAGCCCAGUUUACACGCCGAUCCCGCAGAUGCAGUUGACGGAGGCAUGUCAGCCUUUGUGGUCUUGGUUCGUCGAUGUGCUGCAAGUGCUAUCUGGAAGACGCGUGAGAUGGCUGCAAGAGCUUUAACUCCAUUGAUCGCCUCUCGGAAGCUAAUGAAUUUGGUGGUGGAUAUCUUGCACGGAUGCUCAAAGGCCAAUAUCUCUCAGAACGAGAUCCAUGGAUUGUUGGUCCAGGUGCAGUUUCUACUGCGUGGACAUCUCUUGGGCGAGGGUGUUGCCGACCGCCAAGUCCGUCGGUCGUUCGUGACCCAAUUUGCAGACGCGUUCGGACCUGUUACAGAGCGCGUGCUCAAGACUGGCUGCCAGGUGAAUCGAUGGAUGGUUCUUUCGAUCUAUACUGAAUUUGUCCUAGGACAAGAGUGGAUGGGUCGGAAUACCAUCGAGGCCGAAGACGGGGCAGAAAUGGAGAUGGAGAGUGAACGAGAGGAGAUGAAGCGAUUGAGCGAUUCGCACUUCAAGGGCAUUCGCAACUUUAUUGUGGACUAUACUGUUGUGGGGCUCCUGGAGGAGAAGAAGACAUAUCGUCAACAGAUCGGCGGACACCUCGUCCGACGACUUAUGGUCAGGACCGUUAUCUCAGCGUCCGUCCUCGGCGUGAACUCUGCGCUGUCGAGGACUCAGGCGACCGCCAUGGUGACGACCCUACUGAACGACGACGACUACGAAGUCCGUUUAGAAACUCUUGAGACACUUCAGCGGCUCUUGGAGUCGAACAGGGAAGGUGUCGAGGCCAAUCUCGAUAUCGCUGCGGUUCACAGCACCCUGAUCGACACGCUAUUCGAGGGCGAGGAGAACCUGGAGUGCCUUCGACUGGAGGUGGCCAUGAUCUCAAGCUUGGGGGGAAACAAGCCCUUCCCCGAGAACUCUAGAGUCAACAUUGUUGAGUUUUGGGAUCAGCUGUAUAUGCGUAUUGACGACGAAGCCGCUGGAGGUGUUGCUGUUGUCGAGGCCAUCCUCCCUGCCACAGGCAACGUUUUUGUUCAGAUCUGGAAUGAUGCCAGUGUCGAAGAAUCCCUACGUACCGAGUGCUUGAACCGGUGGGCAGGCUCCAUCCGCAAAUUCGCCAAUGAAGACCAGACACUGCAACUGCGGGAGGCUGCAUUGGAAUCCAUCGCGUUCUUUACAAACCAGCUGCUGGAUCCCGCUCAACCACAGCCCUCCGUAGAGAAGACUCGGGCGUAUCUCCAGCUAUUUGAGACGCUGAUCUGGCAGCUGCAAGAUGACGAGGCUGACGUUCGCGAGGAGACGACUUUGAUUGUUUCACGAGGCACUCGUCUCCCGUAUGCGGUCUCUUCCGAGAAAGCUCUGACUCUAGUGUAUGACCACCAGGCUAAGCUGUUUGCAGGAAAGGAUGCUAGCGAGACACAGAUGCAGCUAUUGAUCGAAUCUCUAGUAUCAAGCCUCGAGAGUGCUGGCAAUCCAGCUCAUCUGGUCGCAGAGUCGCUCCAGCCUAGCAAGAUGCUGUUCGAUAAGGAGUCGCCUAAUCUGUACCGCGAGCCACUGCUUUCGAUGCAAUUGACAGAACGUUCGUUGGAGCAAAUACUCGCACGCCCUGAUCUACCAGCAUCAGUGCUCGGUCGUCUGAAAGUCUUCCAGCAAAAGUGCAUCCACCAAGUUGCUGAGGUUCAUCAGGCGAUCGAGAACUGGCGUCGGACCGAGGCUGGACAGGACCGAUCGCCGUGGGGUGUCAGUGGAAGGAAGCCCGUGUUUGAGGUCCUCUAUCGACUGGCGAGUGGAGGCAGUCUGUUGGACUCUAGAGCUCAUCCUGAAAUCAGCGUCGAGCAGGAGGCCACGGCGAUGGAAUCCAUGGAAAUUAUUCGCGAUGCCUCCAAAGUCCAUCCUGUUGUGGUCGAAGCCAGUCAACAUCAUGACAAGGAGCAGCGUCGCGGGCGAUUGUUUCUGAUCGAGUAGAUUGAGAGCUGCCUUUUUAUUUCCGGAUACACAUUUAU